AUGACUUGGAGCCAUCAAGAAUAUAUUAUUGCUGGUUUUAGUAUAUCUUUUGGUAUGGCUGUUGUAAUCUUUGCUGUUUUAUUCUUUCUUAUACGCUGGCGUUCUAGAACAUUUUAUCGUAUGAUUGAAGUAUUGUUUUCAAUUAAACACUAUGAAGCAACUCUAUCUAACAGCAGAGAAUUUCUUGAUAUUUAUGGUGUACAAAUUGAUUUGCCAGCAACUACGUUUGGUUUUCUACCUGCUCUGGCCUUACUUAUUAUGGCAACAGCUGUCUUAACAGCAACAUUUGUUCUUUUCAUUUCUGAACUUAUUUUAAUUAGUCAUUAUGUGGCGCCGAAUAGUAAAUGUCCAUCGGAUGCUGAAAUGGACUGUUAUACAACUAUUAAUAAUACAUAUUUUUUUUGUAAUUCAUCUGAUACAAGAAUUGAUACGUCACUAGGAAGUCUCGUUUGUUAUCGUUGGAUCAAACAAAACAUAGGAACUGUAGAUAUACUAAAUCAAACUGGUCUAUGUGGUGGAUUACUUCAAGUAUUUGGAUGAUUAAUAAAUCCAAUACCGGAUACAAUCGGAUUCCGGACAAUAAAUCUACAUAGAAAUUCGACCGUAAAAUUCUAUUUUACUAAUUGGUUACUAAUUAAUGUCUGGGGACAUUAUUAG